CGGGGCCGGGGCUGGGGCCGGGGCUGGCUCCGGCUGCCCGCGCCGCUGCCGCCGCCCCGCGCCCGGUGGGUGGCCUCGCGGCACCGGCACCGGUACCGCCGGAGAGGUGCUGUGCUCGGGACCCUUGUGCCAUGAUCACAUCCUACACAACCUGGGAUCUGGGAUCUGCAAAAGCCUGCUGGAAGACGAAGGACCUUCCCUGGGACGGCCCUGGGCAGGACACGCUCAUCGCUGGGAGCGGAGCAGAUGCCUCUGCCCAGGUUCCUCUGCUGCUAGCACUGGUUCACCGUAAAAUCCUCAGCGUGAGCUGGCCAGACGCUCUGAAGCCCCGUGGGUUCUGCCUGGCUCUGCAGGCCCUGCAGGAGGCAUCGGGGCAGCAGCGGGAGGAACGUCAGCCCCGGGCCCCGACACCAGCCUCCAAGGAGCCGCUGGCAUCUCCCUGCACACCGACAGCAGCCACCCCAGGACACGCAGCCUCCAUAAUGGACCUGGAGAAAGCAGGAGGGAGGAUCUGCGGUGGGAAACGUGCCAGUCUGCCAGCGGCCCGACCCUUCCCGGUGAUCCAGAAGGUGAUGGCCUCCAUGGCACAUCUGCAGGAGGAGAAGCUGCAGCUGCAGGAGCAGCUGCUAGGGCUGCAGGAGAAGCUCGCCGCCCGGGAGAACGACGAGCUUUCCCUCUCUCUCCAGCUGCAAGGCCAGGUUGAAGCUCUGAAGGCAAAGCUCCUGGAGCAGGCGCAGGAGAUUGGGCGACUGCGCUCAGAGCUGGGUGGCACGGACGUGGAGAAGCACCGGGACCUGCUGGUGGCCGAGAAUGAGCGCCUGCGUCAGGAGAUGAAGGCGUGCGAGGGGGAGCUGCGGGAGCUGCGGCGGCAGCAGCAGGCACUGUGCCGGGACUGCGCCCACCUCCAGGAGAACGCCGGGCUGCAGGAGCGGCUGUCCCAGCUGCAGCGGGAGGCAGAGGAGGCACGGGCCAAGCUGGGGGAGCUGGACUUGGAGGUGCAGCAGAAGACGAACCGCUUGGCUGAGGUGGAGCUGCGGCUCAAGGACUCCCUGGCCGAGAAAGCUGAGGAGGAGGAGAGGCUCAGCCGGCGGCUGCGGGACAGCCAGGAGACCAUUGCCAGCCUCAAGUCCCAGCCCCAGCAGAUAAAGUACAUCAUCAAGACGGUGGAGGUGGAAUCAGCCAAGGCGAAACAAGCCCUGUGCGAGAGCCAGUCCCGAAACCAGUACCUGCAGGAGCAGGUAGGGAUGCAGAGGCAGGUGCUGAAGGAGAUGGAGCAGCAGCUGCAGAAUUCCAAGAAGACAGAGGCUCAGCUCCGAGCUCAGAUCGUGAUGUACGAGGCCGAGCUGGAACGAGCCCACGGGCAGAUGCUGGAGGAGAUGCAGGCGAUGGAGGAGGAGAAAAACCACGCCAUCGAGGAGGCGUUUUCCCGUGCCCAAGUGGAGAUGAAGGCAGUGCACGAGAACCUGGCAGGUGUCCGGACCAACCUGCUGACACUGCAGCCGGCGCUGCGCACCCUCACCCAUGACUACAACAGCCUGAAGCGGCAAGUCCGAGACUUCCCCCUGCUCCUCCAGGAGACCCUGCGGAGCGCCAGGGCCGAGAUCGGCCAGGCCAUCGAAGAGGUGCACAGCACCAACCGGGAGCUGCUGCGCAAGUACCGCCGCGAGCUGCAGCUCCGCAAGAAGUGCCACAACGAGCUGGUGCGGCUCAAAGGAAACAUCCGUGUGUUUGGGCGGGUCCGCCCUAUCACGAAGGAGGAUGGCGAGGGUGCAGAAGCAGCCAACGCGGUGACUUUCGACGCCGAUGAUGACGCCGUCCUGCACCUGCUGCACAAGGGGAAGCUGGUGUCCUUCGAACUGGAUAAGGUCUUCCCCCCACAAGCAUCCCAGGAGGAGGUCUUUCAGGAGGUUCAAGCCCUGGUCACCUCCUGCAUCGAUGGCUACAAUGUCUGCAUCUUCGCCUAUGGGCAGACAGGGGCAGGAAAAACCUACACGAUGGAGGGAACAGCAGCAAACCCAGGGAUCAACCAGCGGGCCCUGCAGCUCCUCUUCUCCGAGGUGCGGGGCAAAGCGGCCGACUGGGACUACGCCAUCAGUGUCAGCGCUGCCGAGAUCUACAACGAGUCCCUCAGGGACCUGCUGGGGAAGGAGCCACAGGAGAAGCUGGAGAUCAAGCUGUGUCCCGACGGCAGCGGGCAGCUCUACGUGCCAGGGCUGACCGAGUUCAGGGUGCAGAGCGUGGAGGACAUCAACAAGGUCUUUGAGUUUGGCCACGUCAACCGUGCGACGGAGUGCACCAACCUGAACGAGCACAGCUCCCGCUCCCACGCCCUCCUCAUCGUCACUGUCCGUGGGCUCGACCGCAGCACAGGGCUGUGCACCGCAGGGAAGCUGAACCUGGUGGACCUGGCCGGAUCGGAGCGUGUGGGGCGGUCAGGCGCGGAGGGCAGCCGGCUCCGCGAGGCACAGCACAUCAACAAGUCCCUCUCAGCGCUGGGGGAUGUCAUAUAUGCCCUGCGCUCCCGGCAGGGCCACGUGCCCUUCCGCAACUCCAAGCUGACCUACCUCCUGCAGGACUCGCUCAGCGGCGACAGCAAGACCCUCAUGAUGGUCCAGGUCUCCCCCGCUGAGAAGAACACCAGUGAGACGCUGUGCUCCCUUAAGUUUGCCGAGAGGGUUCGCUCCGUGGAGCUGGGUCCUGUCUCUCGCAAAGCUGAGCUGUGCUCCUGGCCCAGCCAGGAGCAGCUAGAGGGUGACUCUUCGGGGACCACAGCAUCCGUUGGCCGGACCCACACGUCCCCCAGCCCGGGGCACCUCUCUGGCCGUGCUGCCUCCAUCCGCAGGAAGCUCCAGCCCUCAGGGAAGCUGAGGCCGGUGCCCCUGUGACAAGUGCCAGCCCUGGCACCAAACCUGCUGCAGGACCAGGCCCCUUAUGGUGCUACUGAGAGCCGGCUGCUGGGAGACACGAAGGCUUGGGUGCCGUCCCCUCGCCCAGCAGGACUUGCAAACAGAGGGUGAUGGCACCUCUCACAUGAGCAGCAUGGGGCCAGGGUCCCCCAGCAGCCAGACCCCCAUCGCAGGGUGGGGACAGCGGUGCUGGGCAGGGAUCUGCCCCCUCAGACCCUCAGCUCUGUGACCUUUCAUUGUCGCUGGAUGGAUGUUUUCAGCCCAAGCGGGAGCUUCUGGGUGCUCCCUCCAUUUCUCCAGCUUUGUUUCUAGAGGUAUCUGGCUGGAGGGGGUGCUCGGGGCCAGGCAAGCUCCUGGAAGUGUCUCUGGGGGCCCACCCUGGGGCUGCAUCAGGGCAGCUGCCCUGUGUCUUGCAGAGCAGCACUUCCUCUAUUUUAAGCCAGAAAACAAAUCCCAGCAGCUCCUUUCCCUGUGUAGGUUUCUCAAGCCCUGUUGUUGCAUGGAGGCACCCUGAUGCCAUGCAUGAGCUGAGCUGCCAUUCCCUGUGGUGCUGGUGCUGCCCUGGCACAGUGGUACGUGGCAGCAGGGUGGGUUUAGUGGUCUUGAAUGGAGCUAUUGUAAAGUUCUUUACCAGUUGUCUUGUCAAGAGAGAUCACAGCGUGGUCAAGAUGAAAGUGUUUGAAAUAUUUAUACCCUGUUUACAUGGUCUUGGAAUGGAAAACAAGUGUAAAACAAACAAACAAAAACCCCCUCCAAGCCCCCAGCCCAAAAGCUGUUUGGUUUAUGUACGAGGAUGGAGGCUGGCAGGGGCAUGGGAGGAAGUGGCGUUGCCCCUCAGACCUCUGAGCACCCACUCGGGGGUACACUUUCUCCUGUUGCACAUACCUGACCACUGAUGGCUCCUUCCUACCAGCUCCCCUCCUCUUGCUCUUCCACAGCAUAUUCUAUUAAAAAGAAAGCAAAAAAGGGAAAAAUAAAUUUAGCCUUUUGUAAGAUUAGAUGUUUCUAUGUAUUUUAAUAAUAAUAAAAAAAGCCUGUUUUGUAACAAACUUUAUUUGAAAUAAACUGUUAAAGCCA